AACAUUUGCAGAAAUGAUUAAUAUAUUACGUCAAUGGCCUUUAGAUGAAGAUUUACUUUGUGCUGUUUAUGAGGGGUAUCAACAAGCUUAUAAUUUUGCAAAAGUUCUUUCAAUGGCUAAUCAGAAUGAAGAAGUUUUUGGUUUUUUAAAUAUUUCUAAUAGCAGAAAUACUAUAGCUGAUUUUAAUACUAUAGAGAUCCAUGAUGAUAAUUUUGAAAAUGAUUUAAGAGAUGCACGUUUUGAGUUAACUUUUUCAUUGUCAGAUACAAAUUUUUCAAACAAUCAUGAUUUAGAGACAUGUGAAAACUUUUAUAUUGGCAUUACUGAAGCAGGAACUUUAGAUAUUUCUUACUUAGUUAACUUACGAAAAAAUCAUAAAUGUUAUACUAAUUCUGGACAUAUGGUUUUUAGUCAUAUUAGUGCUAAGUUUUUCAUUUAUUUUCUUGGAUUUGGUGAUUUUAUUCAUGUUGAUGAGCAGCAUAAUUUGAUAACUCUUUUUGGGAAAGCUUUAGAGUUAUAUAGGUUUUUUAAUGAAUUCUCUACAAAGAAUUUGUUAUGA